AUGAGAUGGUUGGAUGGCAUCACUGACUCAAUGGAUGCAAAAGACGACUUCCUGCGACACUACACAGUCUCCGACCCCCGGACCCACCCCAAGGGCUACACUGAAUAUAAAGUGACGGCGCAGUUCAUCUCAAAGAGGGACCCAGAGGAUGUCAAAGAGGUGGUGGUCUGGAAGCGGUACAGUGACUUUCGAAAGUUGCAUGGAGACCUGGCCUACACCCACCGCAACCUCUUCCGCCGCCUCGAGGAGUUCCCAGCCUUCCCCCGCGCCCAGGUGUUUGGCCGGUUUGAAGCCUCGGUGAUUGAGGAGCGGCGAAAGGGGGCCGAGGACUUGCUUCGCUUCACUGUACACAUUCCCGCGCUCAACAACAGCCCCCAGCUCAAGGAGUUCUUCCGGGGUGGGGAGGUGACACGGCCCUCUGAGGUGUCCAGAGACCUGCACAUCCUUCCCCCGCCUCUGAUUCCCACACCACCGCCUGAGGAGCCCCGGGCCCAGCCACAUGAGACUUGGUUGCCCCAGCCACUUCCUGCAGAGAGAAGGGGCCUUGAGGAGUUGGAGGUGCCAGACCCGCCACCAUCCAGCCCUGCUCAGGAGGCCUUGGAUCUCCUCUUUAACUGUGGGAGCAUCGAGGAGGCAUCCAGUUCCCCUGCCCGAGGCCCCCUCACCGAGGCUGAGCUUGCCCUAUUUGACCCCUUCUCCAAGGAAGAAGGUGCAGGACCCAGUCCUACCCACAUAGGGGAGCUGGCAGCAUUGGAGGCAGAAUCUGGAAGACUGGACCAGGAAUCCUGGGAGCCAGGUGGACAAGCAGAGGAAGACGACGAAGGAGACCCCACCCCUGCCUAUCUGAGCCAAGCCACAAAACUCAUCACCCAGGCCCUACGGGACGAGAAGGCAGGUGCCUACCCUGCCGCUUUGCAGGGCUACCGGGAUGGCGUGCACAUGCUGCUCCAGGGAGUUCCUGGUGACCCAUCACCUGCCCGCCGAGAGGGUGUGAAGAAGAAGGCGGCCGAGUACCUGAAGCGGGCAGAGGAAAUCCUGCACCUGCAUCUGCCCUAA